AUGACGGCGGCAGCAGCGUUGAAUUAUUGCCCGUCUGGCAACAUCUGCUUCGGUCUUGGGGUGCCGACGACGUCGGCCAGCUCUGGCAGCGGCAACAUCUACUUCCAGAUAUCAGCACCAACAUCGUACUCAUGGAUUGCUCUUGGCACAGGCGACCGGAUGUCCGGUUCCAACAUGUUCGUAAUGUACCAGGACGGUGACAACAACGUGACCAUUUCGCCUCGGCAAGGCACCAACCACCAAAUGCCCGUUGAGGACACCAGCAGCACAGCGGCACAGCUCACACUGCUCGAGGGCUCCGGGGUCGACGGCGAUACCAUGAGGGCCAAUGUGCGAUGCGCCAAUUGCGACAGCUGGGCCAACGGCGGAGAGAUGUCGCUCAGCAGCACUAACACUCCUUGGAUUGCUGGGUGGAAGAGCGGCAGCUCGCUGGCCACGACGGACAAAAACGCCGCUAUUUCUCAACACGAUGACUAUUCUAGCUGGAACUUCGACUUGACAGCUGCUCAGGUCGACACCGACGCCAACCCUUUCGUCUCCGCUAGCACGGGAGGCAGCGGCUCUGGUGAUUCCAAUGCUGGCAGCAGCGGCUCUGGAUCUCAAGGCUCGGGCAACACAGGCGUCACUCAGAACCAGAGCCUCCAAGAGCUGCCGCGUUUGGUUGCCGCCCACGGUGUUAUCAUGGCCAUCGCCUUUGUAAUCCUUUAUCCCCUCGGGUCCAUCCUCAUGCCCGUUUUGGGAAAAUGGAUGCUCCACGGCGCCUGGCAGGGAGUCACCUUCGUGCUCAUGUGGGUUGGCUUCGCCAUUGGCAUUGUCAUUGUGCAGAGAAUGGAAACUGGCCUGGUACAAACCCACACCAUUUUCGGCACCGUCAUCGUCUGCCUCAUGGUCCUCCAGCCUGUACUGGGCUACAUGCACCACAGGCAUUACGUCCAGCACCAAGCCCGCGGUGCCAUUUCAUACGCCCACAUCGUUUACGGUCGGGUGCUCAUGAUGCUUGGUGUCGUUAAUGGAGGCUUGGGCCUACAGCUCGCCAACGCGUCCAACAACCUCGUCAUCGCAUAUAGCGUCGUAGCCGCUAUCGUUUUUGUGCUCUAUGUUGCUGUCAAGGGCUUCACUAGCUUCCGCAAGCGUCGCUCGGGAGCUGGUGGACAGGGCAAGAACUUGCCCCAACAGAAGGAGGCGUCGCCCCCUCCCAGGGAGGAGCAUUAUGAGAUGCCGCGACGGCCGUACGGAACUCAAAGAGAGGGUGGGCCUGGAUUCUAA